AUGGAGGUCCUGACCCUGAAUUGCUGGGGGCUCAAGUACCUAUCCAAGGCGCGAGAGCAGCGGCUCCGGGCGAUUGCGGACCGAAUAGCAGAUACGCAUCAUGAUAUCGUGACAUUGCAAGAGAUCUGGGUCGAGUCGCAGGACUGGCAGUACAUGCGCGCCGUGUGUGCCGAUCGGUAUCCCCAUGGCAGGUUUUUCUUGACGGGCGCAUUUGGAUCGGGUCUGGCGGUCUUAUCGCGUCAUCCCAUCGUGAGUAUGGACACGCACAUGUUCCGUCUGACUGGCACGCCCGUCUUUGUGCACCAAGGCGACUGGAUCGCUGGCAAAGGUUGUGGUCGCGUCACGAUCGCACAUCCGGCCCUAGGCCUCGUGGAUGUGCACACGGCGCACUUUACGGCGCUCGGCAGUCAGAUGGGCCCAGAAAUUCAGCGCGCAUUCCGCACGACGGAGGCAUAUGAACUUGCGCAGCGGUGUGCAGCAAGCGCUCAUGCAGGACGGCAUGUACUAUGCACCGGCGACUUUAACUCGCUGCCGACCUCGUUGUGCAUGUCACUGCUGUACAGCGUAGGCGGAAUGCAUGACGCACUUACGCAUCUGCGUUCGGGCGACGGACAGGCGGAUAUCACCUGCGACAGCCCUCGCAACACGUGGACGCACGGCAAAAAGUUGGAGCCAUGGGCUGUGCAGCAGGGCGGAAAACGCCUAGACUAUAUCUUGUACCGCGGCCCAUCCAGUCUGCCGAACCGCCUGACGUGCACCUCGCACAAGGUCACCUUUACGGAACUCAUGCCUGACUUGCAUGUAUCAUACUCAGACCACUUUGGCAUCGUGGCCACUUUUGACAUUCAAGCAGAGGGCAGUGCUCCACGCGGCGCCAAGUGCGAAUCACGCAUCGAUGUGCUGCAGCGGGCUCUAUUGCCCUUGCGUGAGGCCCUGCGCGGCGCUGUGACUAUGCAGAAACGACACCUUGCCGUGUUUCUUACAUUGCUUGGACUGGACGCGAUCCUCGUGGCCGCCUUGGCAUGUGUAGAUGCACGACAUCGAAGCACCGCAUCGACGGUCUUUGUGUCGCUUCUCAUGGUGGCGGCCACCUGGGCAGGUACCACAGCCCUAUACAGUGGCGUCGUGUGGGGCGAAUGGCACAAGCGUGCAUUACGUGCAUUUAUCGACGAGAUCGAAACAGAAGCAGGUAUAGAUAAAUGGUAUCAUUAG